CGAAGUUUAUUUCAUGUUACUUGGCUUGAAAUAGAUUGCUACUGUGUGUGAAAUUUCGGUGGUGAAUUUAAACUUAGUUAUCUUCAUGAAGGUGCCUAGCAAUGGUGGUGUUCUUACGAACUGUAGUAAUCGAAUUUGGUAGUUAUACAGAAAUGAUGAAUGAGGGCGUGCAAAAGAACACCCUGUACGUAGGAGGAUUAGCAGAGGAAGUAAACGAGCAUAUACUACAUGCAGCCUUCAUUCCGUUUGGGGACAUUAAGGAUGUCAAGACUCCCUUGGAUCAGGCUACGCAGAAGCAUCGGUCGUUCGGUUUUGUUACCUUCCUAGAAAGGGAAGAUGCUGCUGCUGCCAUGGAUAACAUGGACGGCGCCGAACUUUACGGCCGAGUGCUGACUGUUAAUUAUGCUCUGCCUGAGCGCAUCAAGGGAGGGGAACAAGGCUGGGCCGCCCAACCUAUUUGGGCAGACGCGGACACCUGGUUCGAAAGGCAGCAACAGGAGCAGGAAAUGCAGCGGCUUCAGGCGGAGCAACGGGCAGCAGCGCAGGCGGCCGAAGACUUGCAGAGGAAAAAGCAGGCGGAGGAGCGAGAAGGCGAAAAGGAAGAUGAUCCGAUGGCAAUGGCAGAAGCCGAGGUUUUGCAGCAGAGUGUCAACUAACCCCGGUCGCUCCAUUUUGUUCCAAACUCUCUCCGGUAAGCCCUAAAACUUUUGUUGUUAACGCAAUGCAGUAGUAUAAUAGAGUGUCGUAGUUAAAUGGUUUUUUUAUGUUGAAGGAUUUAAUAUAGGAGAUAAAUUGUACCUUGAUAUCAUUUAAUACUAAUAGGGAUAAUUUAAUUUUUUUAUCUUUA